CUAUUUAUUCAGAGUUCUCAGCACAGGACACAGAGAAUUCCGGGUAGAGGUGAAAGACCAGUCAGAAAGACACUUCCAAAGCAAGCUUCCCGAGGAAAAUGGGCACCAAGGGAAAAGUGAUCAAAUGUAAAGCUGCUGUGCUCUGGAUGCCUGGGGCCCCGAUGGACUUUGAGGAGAUAGAAGUGGCCCCACCAAGGGCAAAGGAAGUUCGAAUAAAGAUGGUGGCCACAGGAAUCUGUGGGACAGAUAUAAAAAGUCUGGCUGAUAAGGAUCUUUCCCAGUUUUGCCCCAUCAUUAUGGGCCACGAAGGAGCUGGAAUAGUCGAGAGUGUGGGAGAAGGAGUAAGCACAGUGAAAACAGGUGACAAAGUCAUCAUCUUAUGUAUACCACAAUGUGGAGAAUGUAACACUUGCCUCACUUCCAAGAACAACAUGUGUAAGGAAAUUAGACUGUCAGGGACACAUCUGACAUCUGAAAGCAGCAGCAGAAUCACCUGCAGAGGGAAGAUAGUGCAUCAAUAUAUCGCCACAGGCACCUUUUCUGAAUACAUAGUCAUAAAGGAAAUCUCAGUCGCCAAGAUUGAUGAAGAUGCUCAUCUGGAGAAAGCGUGCAUAAUUGGCUGCGGGUUUGCCACUGGUUUUGGUGCUGCGAUCAAUUCUGCCAAGGUGACCCCAGGCUCCACCUGUGCUGUGUUUGGCCUUGGAGGUGUCGGGCUGUCUGUCAUCAUUGGCUGUAAAACAGCUGGAGCGGCCAGGAUCAUCGCUGUGGACACCAACAAAGACAAGUUUGCGAAGGCCAAGACAGUGGGUGCCACUGAGUGCAUCAGUCCGCGAGACUUUGACAGUCCCAUUCAGAAAGUCUUGUUUGAUAUGACGAACGGCGGAACAGACUUCUCCUUUGAGGUCACUGGAAACCCAGAAAUAGUGGCAACUGCCCUGGCCUCCUGCAACAAGGACCAUGGGGCCUGCGUGAUCGUUGGAGCAAUUGCUUCUUGGGUUCAGCUCAGCAUCAGCAGCAAGUUGUUCUUCUCAGGACGUACUCUGAAAGGGUCAGUUUUGGGAGGUUGGAAAACCAAGGACGAAAUCCCUAAGCUGGUUUCUGACUACACAGCAAAGAAGUUCAGCCUAGAUCCACUGAUCACCCACACCCUGGCUCUCAACAAGAUCAAUGAAGCAGUUCAGCUGAUGAAAAAUGGACAAUGCAUCCGCUGCGUACUGCUACCUUAGUUACAAGAUCAGCAGCAUUUCACCACCUGGAUUUUGCAUAUCAUCAUGAUUUAGAAGAACCAGCCACACAACACUUUUCUAUUUUUUUGCCUUGAUUCAGUCAACAACGUUGUAUCAGGCUCUCUCACCUGAUCACACCAUCAGAAUUGUUCUCACGUGACCCCCGGCCAUGGCAGUGCCAUGCAGGACCUCCCUUUCACAGCUACAUUAAGGUCGAUAAGAACCACCCAACAGCACAUCCUGCAGAUGAAGGCACACCAAGAUGCUCCACAGGCGCAGCUAUCUCUGGACCCACAUUUCUUCACCCACUGGAUCUUUCCCACACUGUAUGCAUCUAUAUGUGAAGCUUGGUGUAUUGUCCACAAGAAUUAGAAUUCCCCCCGGUGAAACUACUGGAACUAAUAAACAACUGAGCAAACUUUCGGGUCACAAAACCAACAGACAAAACUCAAUAAUGUGGUUAUAUGGCAAUAGCAAGUUUUCAGAUAUGGAAAUCCAGGAAGCAGUCUCACAGUUACUGUGAGAUUGGUCUCUCAGAUAAUAACUAGGAACAAAUUUAUCCCAAGGUAAAAGAUAUCCACAACUAAAAACUAUAAAACAUUACAGAGUACAGUGGUGUGCUUCUUUAAUCCAAGCACCUUGGUGGCCAAGGAGGGUCAACCUAUGUGACAGGGCAUGAUUGCUCACAUAGCAAGUUCUACAUAACUUGAUCAUGAUAAGAUCAUGUCUCAAAUAUAUACAUAUUUAAAUAUAUAAAAAUGAAAACCAUUCUUUGUUCAUGAAUUAUGAAUUACGAGAAUAUUGUUAAAAUGUCUGUACUACCCACAGGGGAUCAUAGGAAUCAUGGGUGAUGAAAUCGGAGGGCCACAGCAAGCCGGCCCACCCUUUGAUGACGCAGUCCACCCUUCGAUCAUCCUGGGAACGAUGAUCGGUGGACACUGCAAAAAGAGAGCUGGCCAUGACCCUCAUGGAAGAGCUGUUCCUCCUCUCCCCACACUGCAAUUGGGAGAGAUGGCCUCACCCCUCACUACAGGACAGGAAGAACUGGCCCUGAUGGUAUGGGCAGAGGGAGCUGGUUCUGCUGCUUCCCUGGGGUGACCUGGAGCGACCAGCUCAACUACUGCCCAGGCCCAGAGCCCUAACAUCUACACUAUUUAGGACCUGCUGGAGCUCGUGAAGGGACUGGACUUGAUAUCCAUGGGAUCUCCAAGACCCAGGAUGGCUUCAGGGUAUCUGAGAAGAGUUUAGGUGAAGAGCCACUGAUGAUGCUGUGUGAGAGACCAGAGGCCUUGAACCACACCAAUGACUCAUUGCAAUGAACAUGUGAAAAACAAGCAGAUUACACAAAAGGAUGUAUUGUGUGAUGCAUCACGGCUCCCAAUGUCACGAGGAUGAAUGCAGAGAUAUUGGAGAGGCCGGAAAGACAGAGGAGUAAAGAGGGUUUUGUUCCUUC